AUGGCCUUGAUUAUUGACGCCCUAGCUGCUCCGCCUAUCUCCUCCUCAGCUCAUACCUCAACGAUCAUGAAGCUGCUACUUCAAAUCAUUGUCUACACUCUUUGGCGAGAGCGUAAUGCGAGAAUCUUCACAUCAAAAACCACCCCUUUAAGCGUGUUAAAGGGCAUGGUCGAUCGCACGGUCAGGGAUCGCCUCCUAUCUUUCCCCUCCGUGAAUGGCUCUCCUUCUCUCCUAGAACUCUAUUUUGGUUGUAUUUCUUAUCCGAUUUGA